GGACACCGCGGGACCGCGGCGCCAUGCGGCUGGGCUGGCUCCGGGGCCUGCCCCGGGGCCUCUGGGGCGGCCCCGCAGCGCCACAGCUCUGCCGGCGCUUGUGCCAGCGCCCCGCGCGGGUCCCCCCCGAGGAGAGCGACGCCUCGGCGGGGGGAGGCGACACCUCGGGGACCUCAGCGCGGCACCGCCGCUUCCACAAGAUCUGGGAGAACGAACCCCAGCCCCGGGACCACCCCGGGAACCCCAUGGGGGGGCGACACCUCGGGGGGCGACACCUCGGGGGGUGACACCUCAAGGGGUGACACCUCGGGGGGCGACACCCGCAAGGCCGCUCUGCGCCGCCUCCGCUCCCGCGGGUCGCACCGCGAGGACGCCCGCGGCGGCGGCGGCGGCGCCGACCCCGGCGGCCCCCGGGGACCGCGGGGACCCCGGCGCGGCGUUCGAGGCGGCGCUGCGGGAGCUGUCGCGGAGCCCCCCGGGGCGCGGGGGCCGCCUGGCGCUGGUGGAGGCGGGCGCUGGCGGCGCUGCCGGCGCUGGGCGCGGAGCGCAGCCUGGCCGCCUACAACGCGCUGCUGCGGCUGCUGCCCCCGCGGGGCCUGGGUGCCGCGCGGCGCCGUGCAGCGCCUGCUCUUCCCCUUCCCGCGGCAGCAGGAGUGCGGGCUCAGCCUGCUGGAGCACAUGGAGCGCUACGGUGUCAUGCCCGACGCCAAGACGCAGUUCCUGCUGCUGUUACCCCAAUGUUCCUGCUGUCCCCAGUGUGUCCCUGCUGUCACCCCAAUGUCCCCAGUGUGUCCCUGCUGUCCCCACCAUGUCCCCAUGUCCGCAGGUGUCAUGCCCGACGCCAAGACGCAGUUCCUGCUGCUGUCACCCCAGUGUCCCUGCUGUCACCCCGGUGUCAUGCCCGACGCCGAGACGCAGUUCCUGCUGCUGGGGGUGUUCGGGCCGCGCAGCCGCCCCAUGCGGAAGCUGCAGCGGAUGCUGUUCUGGCUGCCGCGCCUGCGGCUGCUGGGACCCCCACCCGCUGCCCCCCCGGCUGCCCCCCGGGCUGGCGGGCCGCGCGCCUGGGGCUGCAGCGCAUCGCCACCGAGCCCGGGGCCACCCUCACCCUCGUCCAGCGGCCGGUGCGGGACUCGGGGGACGACGAAGGCUCUGUCCAACCCUACAUCAUCAGCUCGCAGAGCCCCGAGCAGCGGGAGCUGCUGGCCCAGCACGGCCCCGCCCGCCCGGUGUUCGUGGAGGGGCCGUUCCCGCUCUGGCUCCGCGGGACCCUCCUCAAAUACUUCGUGCUGCGGGGAGACCCCCUGCCCCCGCACCUGGGCGACCCCCCCCCACCCCCCCCACCACCGCCACACCCCCACCACCCCCCCACACCCCCCCAGGACCCCCCCGGCGGACCCCGAGCGCAGCUUUUACUUCCCUCUGCGCCUGGAGCUGGAGCUGGAGCGCGGCCCCUGGGACGACGACGCCUUCCACGUGGACGAAGUGGAGGAGGGCCCGGUGCUGGCGCUGUGCGUGGCGGGCGCGGGCGACCGGCGCACGCUGGGCCGCUGGCUGGCGGCGCUGCAGGAGCUCAACCCGGCGCUGGCCCGCACCCCGGUCGUGUUCCGCCUCGCCCCCGGCGGGGACCCCGCCGCCGACCCCCCCCGAGGGCACCCAGCCCCCCCGGCUGGCCGCCGGGACCCCCGCCCCGGCCGCGGCGUUGGGGCAGGACGGGGGAGACGCCCCGAAAAGCAGCGGGAAUAAAGGAGGCGCCGUGGCGGAUGGA